AUGUACAGGUCGACGAAGGGAGCAUCGAAAGCGAGAAGAGACCAGAUCAACGCGGAGAUCAGGAAUUUGAAGGAACUCUUACCCAUUUCGGAGGCUGACAAGUCGAGACUCUCUUAUCUACACAUUAUGUCCCUGGCGUGCAUCUACACCCGGAAGUCGGUCUUCUUCAACCCGGGCAUCGACGCGGAGGAGUGCCUGCCCCUGAUCUCGCCGCAGGAGUUGGCGGACUUUGUGCAGUCCCUGCCCGGCUUUCUCAUGGCGCUGAGCAGCGAGGGGAAGCUCAUCUACGUGUCCGAGAACGUCUCCGACCACCUGGGCCACUCACUGGUGGAUCUGGUGGCGCAGGGCGACAGUAUUUACGACAUCACCGACUCCCUGGACCAUUUGGUGCUGAGCACUCAUCUGAUGCAGACCUCCUCGCCGGAGACGGAGCGUCUCUUCCGCUGUCGGUUCAACACCUCGCGCUCCGUACGGCGGCAGAGCGCCGGCAACAAGAUGGUGCUGAUCCGGGGCCGCUAUCACCAGCCCCCGGUCGGCACGUACUGGUCGUCCAAGCCGGUCUUCAUCGCCUUCUGCUCGCCGCUGGACACCCGGCCGCGGCUCUUCGAAAACCACCUGUUCCUCUCCUUCUUCCAGAGUCGCCACUCCAAGGAUAUGAUGUUUGUCGAGGCUUCCGACAGUGUCUCUUACUACCUGGGAUACCAGAACAGUGAGCUGGUCGGCAAGUCGUGGUAUAACCUCGUUCACCCCCAGGACCUGUCGCACGCCUCCACCCACCACUACCGCUUAGUGAGCGGACGGAGCGAGGCCAAGACGGAGAUGGUGGUGCGCCUCCAGAGCAAAGACGGCCUGUGGGUUUGGGUCUACCUGGCUGCGCAGGUGGAGUGCGCCGAGGUCCCCGUCCUGUGCCACAACUAUGCCAUCAGUGAGAAUGAAGCCUGGUGUCUCCGGCAGCAGUUGUCCGAGGAGGAGAUGGACAACCAGUUGUUCGCCUACGCCCUGCCUGCUCCGCCGCCUGCGCUGGAGUCCCCCUCCUAUUUGUCCAGCCCCGACACCGUCUUCACCCCGCUGUCCGGCACCCCGACCAGCGGCGUCUCGGCCCAGUCCUUCGACUUCAGCGGCAUCUGCCUGGAGUUCGUGGAGGGUCCCACCGCCGCCGCGCCCCCCGAGGAAGGGGACGGAGGACGACUUCUGGCCCCGAGAGGCCCCCAAAGCCAGGGCGAGGUGGAAAGUCUGCCCGGUACCGACCCCGGCUCCUCGGAGCUCCCGGAGCUGGCCUACGGCGACUGCGUCUUCGGGGGCGAGUCGCCCACCCCUCCUUGCACCCCUCGCCUGCCGGGCGCAGCCUUCGCCUUCGGGGGGUGCGACGGGUACGGCCCGGCCGCCGGCGAGCUCUUCUACCGCACCGAGGUGUGUGCCCCACUCUACGAGAAGCUGCCGCCGUCCCCGGAUAGUCCCGGCAACGGCGGGGGCAUCUGCGCCAUGAUGGGAUUCCCCAAACUGCGGGUUCCCCUCUCCAUCCACGUCCCCAGGACCCCGGAGGGGCUCCUCACCCCCGAGGCCUCGCCCAUCAAGAUGCCAGCCGCCGGCUGCUUCGGCUACCUGGACGGAAAGGAACGCGCGGAGGCCAUGAACUGGCUCAACCACUCGGACCCGGGCGAGAUCCUCCCCGCGGGAGGAUCCCCCACUCAAGCUUCCCCUCUCUCGACCGCCGCCGCCCCCUUCCUGGACUUCCAAGACCCCAAGCCCUGGAGGGGCGUGGACUUCGCCGCGGUGAACUACGCCCCGCAAGAGGAGGAGGAGGAAGACGAGGGCGACGACGUGAUCGAGAACCUCCUGAAGGACCUCGAGGCCCCCGCGGUGGCCGGCGGUACCCUCGGUCCCACCUGCUCGCCGAAGGCCGGCGGCUCCGGGGGCCCCGGCGCUGCGGAGCCGGAGGUCGCGACGAGCCCGGACUCCCGCUCCGCUACCGACCUCUCCCCAGAAGAACAAUCCUUCCUCGAAGAAUUAGCUUCGUACGAAACAGUAUUUGAGACCUAUGUCUCAAGACCCCCCUGUGACGGGUUCAACGCUGAGUUGCAUCAACUCCAGAGACGCAGCCAGGGAUACUUCCAGCAAGGUCUCACCGACGGGGAGGAGGCUGCAUCAGGAGCACCGGACACGGCAGACGACCCCCAGCACCGCCUCACCUGGACGGACUGUUCGGGGGCACCAUGCGCGGAGGAGAGGAAGGAGGUGAAUGGACAGGUGUAG